ACUGACCCGAUGACCCGCCCCCGUCCGCGCGGCGGUGUGGGCGGGGGCGGGCUCUAAAGACCGGAACCUCCCAGUCUGGGCGUGCGCGUCUUCCUCCUGACACUUCCGGAACAGCAGGAAAGAUGGCGGAGCUCCUGACUGUCAGCCAGCUGUCCAAUGGAAACUCUGCGUACGAGCUUUACUACAGACAGCUGGACCCGGGAAACACGGGAAAAAUUUCUGCAGCGGAGGCGGCCCAGUUCCUGAAGAAGUCCGGCCUGCCAGACAGCACUCUGGGAAAAAUCUGGGAUUUGGCCGAUUCGGACCGAAAAGGAUUUCUGGAUAAGAAGGGUUUCUUCAUCGCUUUGAGGCUUGUGGCAUCAGCCCAGGCAGGAAACGACGUCAGCCUGAGCAACCUCAGCCAAAGCGCCGCGGUGCCGAAGUUUAGAGACACCAGCAGCCCGCUGACCAGGAGCCCAACGGCGGCAGCGGCAGACCCUCAGUGGGCCAUCAGGCCGGACGAAAAGGGGAAGUUUGAGGGAAUAUUUGAGAGUCUGGCGCCGGUUCAGGGUCUGCUGUCCGGAGAUAAAGUCCGCCCCGUUUUGAUCAACUCCAAGCUCCCGCUGGGAGUGCUGGGAAAGAUCUGGGACCUCAGUGAUGUGGACAAAGAUGGACACCUGGAUAAAGAGGAGUUCACCGUGGCCAUGCAUCUCGUGUACCGAGCCAUGGAGAAGGAGCCCGUUCCCAGCAGCUUACCCGCCAACCUCAUCCCACCUUCUAAACGGAAAAAGUCGGCCAUGGCGCUCCCGGGCGCCGUGGCGGUGCUGCCCUCUCUCUCGGGUCUGUUGUCCAGCCCGGUGACUCUGAAGGAGACGCUGCAGAGCUCCUCACCAGCUCCCGCCGGCGCCGUCAGCUUGUCACCAAAACCCUCCUUCAAGUCCAGCUCAGAGCCAGAGGUCAAGUGGGCGGUUCCUGCGGCCGACCGGGCCAGGUACGAGGAUCUGUUCAAGAAGACGGACACGGACAACGACGGCCUGGUCACCGGGGGGGACGUCAUCGAGAUCUUCAUGCAGUCCACGCUGUCCCAGACCAUGCUGGCCCAAAUAUGGGGACUUGCCGACACGAAGCACACGGGGAAGCUGACCCGGGAGCAGUUCUGUCUGGCAAUGCAUCUGAUCCAUCAGAAGAGCAGCAAAGGCAUCGACCCCCCCUCCAGUCUGACUCCAGACAUGAUCCCCCCGUCAGAAAGAACCGACUCCUCCAUGGACCUCAACUUUUGGGGUUCUCUGUCUUCUGUGAGACCAGGAUUUACUUCAGCGUCUCAGAUGCACAUAGAUAGCUUCUCCGGCUCGCUGGAGCUGACGGGCGUCAAAGACCUGGACGACCUCAGCAAAGAGAUCGCUCAGCUGCAGAGGGAGAAGUUCAUCUUGGAGCACCAGAUUCAAGAGAACGAAGAGUCACUCGUUCAGAAGAACGGCGAUGUUCAGAGCAUGCAGCACGACGCCGAGCAGGAGAGCGGCUUCCUGCAGGAGCUGGAGGCGCAGCAGCGGGACGCUCAGGGCCGCCUGCAGGACAUGGAGCUGCAGCGCUCCAAGCUGGACGGGAUGCUGCACGACGUCAAGCACAAAUGCCAGGAGGAGAGCCAGCUGAUUGCAUCCAUGCAGAGCAAGAUCCGCUCUCAGGAGGCGGAGCUCCACAGUCAGGAGGACGAGAUGAACCGGACCAAGUCCGACCUGAGCCGGCUGCAGGAGGAGGAGGCCCAGCUGGAGCAGAGGCUGCUGUCCGGACGCCUCCAGCUGGAAACCAUCAUGAAGUCGCUCAAAACCACGCAGGAGGAGAUCAGCCAGGCUCGCACUAAACUGGUCCUGAUCCAGGAGAACCAGAAAGAAAUCACCAAAACCAUCGAGGAGUACAACAGCGCCUUGAGCAACAUCGGCAGCGGGAACGCCGGCAGCCUGCCGGACCUCGGGAAGGGCUUGAAGGAGAACGAGCGUUUCCGACCUCCGGUUCAUCAGGACUCCCUCAAGGACAGGAUCGCCAUGUUCAACAGCGGCGCUCCUAAAGAACCCGCAGCAGACCCCUUCCAGACAGAAGACCCCUUCAGAUCCAACCUCCUCAAAGAUCCGUUUGGAGACGAUCCUUUCAAAGAAAGCGAUCCCUUCAGAGGAACGUCAUCUGAAGACUUCUUUAAGACGGACCGGUCGGACCUGUUUGGAUCUGCUGACCCGUUUGCUAAGAAACCCGUCCCCCCGCUGAAGCCGAGCGCCUUCAGCAGCAGCGAACCCUUCUCCUCCAGCGGAGCCAAGUCCAGAGACUCUGAUGUGUUCGGGAAGGUGGACCCCUUCAGAGCCAAGUCUUUUGCAGGGAGCGGCGCCGGAUUCGCUGACUUCAGUCACAUGUCAAAGCAGAAGCCGGACUCUCCUGGACUGGCCUCAAAGAAGAGUUUGCCCAGCAGGCCCGCUCCUCCGUACGUAGGACUGCUCGGUUCCAUUCCCGCGGCGCCCCUCCCGAGCGUUUGCCCCGCGGCGCUCGGGCAGAGGAGUCUGGCCGCGGCGUCCAGAGGCGGCGCCGUGGGCUCCUUUGGAAGUGAACGCCAGCAGCUGGAGUGGGCCAAGCAGGACGGCGAGCGCGAGGAGCAGGAGCGGCUGCGGCGGCUGCGGCUGCAGGAGCUGCAGGAUCUGGAGCUGGCCAUCGCCCUCAGCAAGGCCGAUGCGCUCAACGCCUGACCACGCCCCCCAACCUCUGAUGUCAUCACCAGCGCUCGCCUGACACCACUACAGCACCCCCCAUGUACAUAAGACUGCGUCCUGUCUGCUUCAUGUUACACCCCCCCCCGAAACCAUAUACAUUCUGUCUUUAAAACGAUGAAUCUGUCAAAUGCACUUUAAUGAGUUUAUCUGAAGGAGCUGUAAAUAAUUCUGAUGUUACAGGUUUGAGAUUUUAUUAUUUAUCUCUGUUAGUGAAGGACUGUGGAGGUCAGAGGUCACGGAGAACCGCUGACCUUCAUCGGAUGUUUCCUUCUUUUUAGUUGUGAUGUUGGGAAACUUAAGUGCUAAACAACCAAAAGCCUCUAAACCGACUAAUGUUUGAGUGACGCACACAGACGUGUUCAUCAGACGGUUUCUGGGGAGUUGAUUAGAGCGUUUUUUGUGGGCGGGGUUUUUGUGGAACUUGGAAAACUUUAUUUAAACCAUCUCUAACUUGUGCUCAGAGUUGGAGCUGGGAACGAUCAGGUUACCGCGGUUACGUGGACCUUCAUGAAAGAGGUGAUUCUGGUGUUUCACGGGGCUGGAGGGGGGUGUUUGGGUCAUAAAUAAACUCUGUCAAUCUGCUCUGA